AUGUGCUGCUGUCCCUGCACGGCGGUUCCAUGCGCGCUCCCGCGCCGCACAACGGGAGCGCGCGUUUCCAUGGCAGCGCGCACAGCGCUCGGUCCGCUCGGUCCGCUCCGAGCUGCCCGCAGGGUCAAAGACACCAUCCUGACAUACAGCAUCAACAUCUAGAAGUCUCUCUUCCAAACUGGAAAUGGAAACCCCCCUUGUGCUGUCAGACAGCACAGAAGAUGAAGACAACCCAAUGAAAAAUCCAUUUAAAGUCCCAUCAGAUGCUGAACUUUUCUCAGUGAGGAACAAGGAAAUUAAGAAGGCACAGGCAGAAUAUGAGAAGACUAUGAAGGUCCAUGAGAAAACCACUUACUCCACUAAAAUGAAGGCAAAAAGUGGGCUGAGGAGAGCUCUGAAAAGGGAGGAAGAAGAGGAAGGCAGAACAGAGGCGACAUGUGAAGAGAGACUGAAAGUUCUUCAGGAGAUGCUUUCACGGAAGUUAGCCAUGAAAAAAGAUUAUGCAUUAGACAGGGAGACCUUCCAUGGCUACCUACAGGACAGAAAACAGAUCUUUUAUCUUGAGUAUGCCAUUGCAGUAAAACGAGGGGAGAUUGAAAAGAUGGAGACCAUAGCAAAGAAUGAGGAAAAAAAACUGGAAAAGGCUGAGAGAAGGAUGGAGAAGGAUGCUGCCAUGUUUGAUGAGUUCCUGAAGGAGAACCAUAAUCGCUCUGUUGAAGCACUGAGAAUAGCCAGAAGAGAAACCUCAGCAAAGGCAAAGAAAGUAACAGAGAUUCAUGGAAUCACUACCCAGAUAAAGAAAAUCCAAAGUGAUAUCUCCAGACUCGAGGACACUCUGCAGGAGUACAAGAUGUACAGGGACAUCCUCUACCAGCUAUCUCCAAGAGAGUGGCAGGAGGAGCAGAGAAAAAAGCGCAAAAAAGGAAAGGAUAUGAACAUGGAACCCAGAGUUAAGGAAGCAAGUGCUUCACAUCCCCCCAGUGCAGAGCAGGACCAGGAUCCGACCGCCAGGACAAGCAGUGCCCCUAGCUUCAGUUUCACGGAUAUCCCAAGUUCCCUGUUUUCAGAGGGUUUGGAUUUCAGCUCCCAUGAUGUCAGCCCCCAGCUUAAACAAUUCCUGAAGCCUCUUUUAUCCAGAGAUCUAAGUUCACUGGAGGAUGCAGAGAGUGAAAGCAGCUCGGACGAUGAUGAGGAGCCUGAGCUCUAUUUUACUCAUCCUGAACAAUUGCUGCUUACUUUCACGGAGAUGCUGGAUGAGAACUUGUCCUUCGUCCUGAACUCCCAGGAUAUUGCAGAGAGCUGGAACAAGGUCCAGCAGACUUUCAUCACCACACGUGACAGCAUGGAGAAGGAGUUGGCAGCACUGAAAGAGCAGGUGAACACCCUCCAAGACUCUGUUGCCAAGGAAGAAGAGAAAGUAGCUGACCUGAAGCUCAAAGUUCAGUGCUUUUCCUCUGGAGAACACCAAGGUGAUGAGCAGGAUGAAAUGCUCACAAGCCUGAACAAGAAGGUGCUGGAAGUUUAUUCCAACUGCACUGGAGACAAUGAGACAAACCUGCCAACAGUAGAGAUGUUAAAGGUAAUAGAAAAAAAGCUCAACGAUUUACUGGACAGCGUAGAGAGAAUCCCACCUGCAAAGAUAGAAAAGGCUGUGAAAGCCAUAAGAAAGGAACACAGGGCAAGGCUCAGAGAGGAAAGGCAGAAACAAGCAAAGCAGCAGCAGGAUGAAGGAUUGAAAAGGGACACGGAAAAAUCACAGGUACCUGAAGGAAAAAAGGUAAGUACAGUGGUCUGUGGAAACACCUCACCUCAACAGCUCACUUUGGAGGAGCUGGGGGUACCUGAAUAUGAAAUGUUGAAGGGAAAAGUGUCAUUAAGGGGCCUCUGGAGCUGUGUGGGAUGGCACCUACAGCCAGGUGUAUCCCAGCUUACAGGAGUGAUGUAACUCAAGGCACUGCUGGGAAGUCAGUCACAGUGCACAUUAUUCCAGCUCAGUGUCCUUCCAUCACCCUUCUCUCAGCUACAUGACUCCACUACUUGCCAGUUCUCAGUAAGCUCAUUUCAGCUCAUUAACUUAGAUGUAUUAAACCAAGCAGGAAAAUUGGCAAAUGAGGAACUGGGAGCAGCCGGACACUCCUGAUAAUGGCAGCAAGGCCCUAGAUCAGCUCAGCCAUACCAUCUAAUCACACCUUUCUGCCAUGUUCCACAUCCUCCCAGACUGAGCUCUGGCCCCUUGGGAGGCUCAGUGCACAGCUUCUGCUGUGGCUGCUGCUGCACAGGUCAAACAGGUCAAACAGCCAGGUCAACACGGCCCUGAGGAGACCCCAGUUCUGUCAGUGACAGCACAGGUGACUUGAGAGCAGGGGCCACGAGUGCCUGCCCCUUUAGCCAAGAGAAAAUAGAGGGUUCUGUAGCUUCCCUCUGACAUUUCUUUGGAGCUCCAAUUUUCCCUCCUCCUCCUGACACAGGACUAAUGAGGCUUUAGUCAGAAAGCAGUUGUAGGUACAAAGUGAGUUGCAGAAGCUGAAGCAGCACACACACACAGCCUUCAGGUGCUUCACUUUCACUUCCCAAAACAGAGAGCACAGUUAGCAGAGACCCUGCAGCCUGACUAGAGCACAGGGCAAGGGCACAGCCCCUCCCAGCCUGGCAGCAGGGAGCAGCUUUAGCUGCCUGGUCAGACACCCCACCGAGCACUGAUGCACAUCUUUUCCUC